UUAGUUAAACCUCCAAGGUUUGAGUUAGCCAUGACUGAGUCUAAAGGGAAUCAAGCUAAGCCUUUAUCCCCAUUUUCUCUCACCACUCGAAGCGACCAACACAACGAGGAUCAUUACCACCACGAGCCAACCAAACAGGUCCACUCACGGACCAAACUCAUCUUAUGUUGCGGUUUCAUCGCAUCUCUAACUCUGCUCAUCGCAGUCACCUUCAUCGUCCUCUCCCUCAUUUUCCAUCUCCAUAACCCAAAACUCGCCGUAAGCUCCAUAACCUUCAUCCAUUUCGUCAACGGUAAAGUCAACACGAUUCAACACGCUACGGUCUCAGUGGAGAUCUCGAUACGUAAUCCCAACCCGGCGUCGUUUAAGGUAAAAGACGUUACGGUUCUGUUUUACCACGGUGAAUUGGUGGUAAUUAGGCAUAGUAGUGGAAGAUGUGAAACUAUUCCGGCGAAACGGACGAUUAAGAUGAAUCUUAUAACGAAUUUAUGAGUUUCCUGGUUGUGAUCAGUGUUUGAUCAAUGAAUAAUAUAUAUAAAUAUAUUCAUAUAUAUAUAUAUAUAUAUAUAUAUAUAUAUAUUGAGGCAGACAAUACUACAGC